AACAGCUCGAGUCACAGUGCAAGAAGGCGGACUGGCUGUAGAUAGCUCUUGGAACAGGGAGUGAUACAGCAAACAUUGGACUAUAACAAAGACUUGUCUGAAUGGAUUAAACUGUUUUGUGAGACAUUUCAGUGGAUAUAUUAUCCCAAGGAUAACCAUAUAUCGGUAAAGGAUUGCUUGUUUAAUUUUUUGGGGCUUCUGAGAAAUUAAAUAAUGCGACUCUCCACAGUGUGUGGAUAGUGAUGGAGCGAGCUAACGUUACACUUCUAUCUCAGCUCUCGCUUUAGAUGUGUACUACAUACUCUCUUUGUGUUAUUAUAGCAAUUUAUUUUAGAUAGCUACCUAUUGAGAUAAGAUAUUAAACGACGAAAUGCUGGCUUGUGUGUGAGAACAUACGCGUAUGUGACUGGAUAACAAGCCCAUCAGCUGACGUUAGCCCAGCUAACUAGCUUGUUAGCAUUUCGGCUCGCCAAUCGACUGUCAAACGCGAGCAUUCUCCGUCACGAGAGGGGACGUUUAUAUACCCAUAAAAGCUAAAUAAUCGAACCUUGUCUUUAAGACGGAUUUAUUUAUUGUCAGUUGAUAUUAUAUUGUUAAAUAUCAGUCUUUUGACCUAAUCUUUGUCAAAACGGCGGCCCCAAAACAUUGUAACGUUAGACGAGACUAUCAGAGGCUAGCCGCUACCCCCUGGAAUCUUUCAAAAUGCACCAUCCUGAUUCUGCAGGAGACUCUGGCAGCGUCAGAAAGAUGGCGCACCCGGCGAAUUUUCCUAGAAGGGGUAGUAACAUUAACACUGGUGCCGGGAGUGGCCCCAUGUCAACACCAGCUAGUUCGGCUGUUAGCAACAGCCACGUCCCCGCUGAAGACUACCAAUCCCCCCUCCUGAUGCAGUCUCAACCCCUUGUUGGAUCAUCCUCCCCUGGGCCUCAGCACCCUCCCCACAGCCUGAAUCUGCACUCCCAGCCACAGCCCCAGGCUCUGUCCUCUGGGUCACAGGUGAAGAAGAAAAGCGGCUUCCAGAUCACUAGCGUGACCCCAGCCCAGAUCUCUGUGAGCACCAACAACAGCAUAGCAGAAGACACAGAGAGCUAUGAUGAUCUGGAUGAGUCUCAUACGGAGGAUCUUUCCUCUUCAGAGAUCCUGGAUGUCUCCCUCUCUAAGGCCAACGACAUGGCUGGGGGUGAGAGGAGUUCCUCGGAGGAGACACUGAAUAACUUCCAUGAGGCGGUCACACCCGGGGCAGUCUCCCCCAACCAGCCCCCCCACUCCUUAAUCCAGGGACCCCAGCACGGAGGGAUGGUUAACGGGAAUGUGCACCACCAUCAUCAUCACCACUACCACCAUCAGCAGGGGCAACAUAAUCAUCCUCACCAGGCCCUGGCUCAGCCUCCUUCCUCAGCCCCCCACUCAACCCCCACGUCUGGAGGAGCUGGUGGUGGCCCAAAGAUGCCUUCUGCCAUGGGGGUCCUUCUGGAGAAUGUUUCAGUGGGUUCUGCCAGUGUUGCUGCUCAGCCUGUAGCAGUUGUCCCUCUCCCUGGAAUGCAUGGCUCUACUGCUGGUGCUACCAUUAGCAUAGCUAAUCCCCUGACCAGCAAUAUUAGUAUUGUGGAUAUGUACAUCUCUUCCAAUGUGCCUGUGAUGGGGGGGGUUAGCACCAGCGCUAGCAGCAGCAGUGGUGGUGGCUUCCCCCCCAGUGUGAUGAGUAGCAGUGGUGGGGUUGGAGGUUUGAUGGGGAGUAACUUUGGCAACACCAACUCCAAUAUCAAUUUGAUACAAAAUCAAAGCUCUGGAACUGUGAACUCGAGCAUCACUAUGAAUUCUGCUGCUGCCACUGCCUCUGUGGUGUUGGGGCCCUCCAGUGGCACCCAGGGUGGAGGAGCUGCCAUGCCCCAGCCAGGGAAGAAGAGCUCUGGCAUGGCUUCAGCCUCAGUCCCCUCCUCCCAGCCAGCCCCAACACCAGCUCCUGCCACCACCAGCUCCCGUUUCAGAGUGGUCAAGCUUGACUCCAGCUCGGAGCCUUUUAAAAAGGGCAGAUGGACAUGUACUGAGUACUAUGACAAGGAGACCCCAGGUUCAGCCCCUGCCCUCUCGUUCCCUGAGGUUUCUCUUCCUAGUGGACGGGGUGUGGAGAGCAUGCGACCGUGCGGGCCUGAGAUUGUGACAGGGGGGUCGGAGAGAGAGGGCAUCAGUGGGAGUUCAGUGAACAGCACAGUCAGCACACUGAGUCACUACACAGAUAACGUUGGCAGUGGAGAGGCCGGAGCCCCCCCAUUACUCCAGCCCCAGUCUCACUAUCAGGACUACUCCAACCCCCCUAAGGCCUUCCAGACCUCCCACCCCAGCCUCCCCAUGGGGGUGUCCCAGCCUCACCUGCUGACCACUGUGGCUCCCUCAGUCCCCGCCAGUGCUCAUCAGCCUGCCACCAUCAACAUGGCUGGCCUCAAGACCACCCUAGGCCACCCUACCACUCCCAUGCCCCAACAGCCGCUCACCUACGCCCAGGCAGCCUCUAUCCCAGCCCCAGCCUCAGCUCAGGGACUAGUGGGGGUGCAUCAGCAGCAGAUGAGCUAUGCUCUUCCCCAGCAGCCUUCUGUCCCUUCCCAUGCAGCCCCAGUGCACAGGCUUAGCCAGGUUGGAGGUAUGCAUCCAGACUACCCUCACCCCCAGGCAGGCCUACCCCAACCUGCUCUCCCACAGGCCCUGCCUGGACCUGGGCAGAUGGGAGUCCCGCAGCAGCAGGUGGUUGGCUCCAUGCUCCAACCCCAGGGUCUUCUCCAACAGCAGCCCCAGCAGACCUCUCUCCAGGCCUCUGCGGCAGGAACGGGGCUAAUGCCUCAGAUGGGCCCAGGAGUGCCCGGGUUUGGGCAGCAGCCACAAGGACACCCUCUCCCCCUGGACCAUCAACAACAGCAGCAGUCACUCCCAGGCCAAGCCCAAGGACUUGCCACCCAGCUGCCAGUCCCCCCAAACCAGGGCUGCCUAGCCUCCAUUGUGCCUCAUUCUAACCCCCAGAACGACCCCCAGCCCCAGAACAGCAGUGGACUGGCCCAAUCUCACCCCCAGUCCCAGCCACCCAGGGUCAGCAUGCCCCAGGCUGUGGCUGCCCAGGCCAGCGCCCUGUAUGCCAGCCUGCCCUCCUUCACCACCACCCAGCUGGAGGAUGCCCAGCGCCUGCUCUUCCAGCACCAGUCUGCCUUCCUGGCACAGGCCCUGCCCAAGCUGGCUGGGGAGGGUGGCUCUGAGAUAGGCACAGGGCUGGGGACUGAAAGUAACCCUGCCGCCACCGUGGUCAGUGCCUUAACCGCCUCUGCCGGACUCUUCAAAGCUGUGGACGGAGACGAUGAUGGUUCGUCAGGAGCCAGUGUGGUGGCCAUAGACAACAAAAUCGAACAGGCUAUGGACCUGGUGAAGAGCCACCUGAUGUAUGCAGUGAGGGAGGAAGUGGAGGUUCUGAAGGAGCAGAUCAAGGAGCUGAUUGAGAGGAACUCUCAGCUUGAGCAGGAGAACAGCCUUCUAAAGACCCUGGCCAGCCCAGAGCAGAUGGCUCAGUUCCAGGCCCAGACCCAGGCGGGCUCCCCUCCCACCUCCACACAGCCACCGGCCCAGACCCAGGCACCAGCCCUACCCCCAACCCAACUGCAGCCAACCUCACACAACUCUGGACCCUCAGCAUAGCAUCACCGCCUACCCCGGGAGAGGGGUGGAUGAAGCAACCUAUCAACCAACCAGGGUCUGACUGACUGUCCUCAGACAUAUUCUGUUCUAACACUGCAGAACAACCAGGCCUUCACUGCAGGAGGCUACGCUGUUAAGACAAGAAUUUGCACAUAUUUAACUCUGGGAGCGGCGACGGGUGGUGUUGUCGUUUCAAGGCGCUUUAUAACACAAUAUCAAAGACAAUCUACCUAGGAGAGGAGAAAAGGAGGCUGUUAUAGGAGAAUGAACAUUGCUCAAAAAUACAUGGAAGAAAAACUUAACAAAGAAUCACUGUGCCUGUAUCAAUGGAUUUCAGGUGAUGUCGACUUCAGUGGUAACAAUGAUGGAGGGAGAUAGUGAUGGGAGUCACCAUGCUUCGCUGAAUCCUAAUAAUGUAAAUAAAUGCAGCUGUUCUCUUUUUUUCUGUGCGAUACAGAGAGGGACAGACGGAGAAUAGAGCCCCUCUCAUUGUGACAACUUCAAUAAUCUGUGAGGAUUUAUCAUCGUGUAAUAGUCCCCAUCUGGCAUGGGGCGAGAGGAGAGGAGGUCUAGAGGGAGAACACAACACUUCCAUUGACGUCAUCAUUUUAACUGUGAGGUUGAAGGGUGUAGUAGCCUACAUUUGCUUAUUAAAGGAGGGAUGAUGAUAAUGAGGGUUUUUCCCUGUAUUUAAGUUUAAGCCCCUCAGCCCUGCACCCUGUUAUCUUGGUGGAUUCUCUAUUCAUGUAAUGAAGCUGAGGGGUUGAGAUGUUAGGCUAAGCUGCAUUUUCAAAGAUGAGUUGAUGGCCUUUCUACAUGAUGUAUAUCUCUGUAUAUUUAGUGUAAGUACUGUGUAAUAUAGUGAUAUAAGGAGAGAAGACCAGAUGCUAUGUAGGUGAAGUACAAAUGAAGAGGGAGCUAGUAAUGGGCUGGCCUGAAGAUUUGUGCAGUCUCUUUUAUAAUGCUGUAAUUCAGGAGUAUGGCGAGCUGUGGAGGUUAUUUAACAGACAGAUGACUGUAUCCACUAUUCAUAUCCUGGGUUACAACAUUAACGGUUACUGUAAACCAUUGUUCACUUGAAAUUAUUUGAAGUAUUGCACCCCUCGUGAAUUUUUAUUUCAUUUGUUUUCAUUUUUUGACAGUGAAGUACUUCCUGAUCAACUCUUUAACUUAACAAACACCGUACUCUGAAUAUCAUAAAGAAAAACAAAUCGAUUUUUUGCAUUCUAUGUAUAAGUUGUAAGCUCAUGUUCUGUGCAUGUUUCCUCAAACCAGAUGAGGUAUUGUAAACAUACAUAACACAAUUACAGUUGCACUUCACAACUUUCAAUAAAAAUGUUAAAGGAAUCAAAA